AUGCCAGAGCAGACGAAGGAGUCUCGGAAACGCCAGAAGACGCCUAAGACGGGGCUUUUCCACCCGUAUGCCAUUCCGCCGUCCUUGUCGUUGCAGGUGGUGAGCCAUCCUUUGAAAAUACGCCCCGCCGGGAAUUUGCUGCUCGCUGGAAAGGAGACAGAGGAAAAGCUGCACAUGUCGAUGGGCGAUUUCUACAGAUUCCCAGAGCAGCUGAUAAUGGACAUCCUGGGACAUUUGGACUCAGCCGCCGAUCUGGGACGUGUGAUGCGUGUCUCACGAUUUUUCUACGCCUUUGCCAGCUCCGACGAGCUGUGGAAGCAGCUUUAUCUAAGGGGAGAGAGAUUUGACACAUGGCAGGGAAGCUGGAAGGAGAGCGUCCUCAGGCGCAAACAGAGCGCUAUAGACUGCAGCAUCGUGCACUCAGACCUGCUUUUUGUGCCGUAUCAAAAUUCCCAGGUCGACUACUCCAAGGUUUUCGAAAGUAUCAUAAUCACAGAAAACAAGCGCAGACACCAGGUCAGGCCGGCUUCUGCCAAUAUUCCAUACGACCUUUCCAUCCCGCGGCUGGACGAGAGUACCAUGACUGCCUCGCUCUUCUCCUCGCGCUUCCACGACCGUCCGUUUAUCCUCAAGUCCGCCGACGCUGCCCGCUGGCCAGCAUGGACAAUAGACACCCUUACAGCCCGCUUUCCGGAUACCGUUUUCCGCCAGGAGUACGUGCAGUGGCCGCUGAGACUGUAUGCGGAGUACUGUGCCAGCAACCAGGACGAAAGCCCGCUUUAUCUGUUCGACUGCAACUCCGACGCCAUGAAACAGCUCAAGACAGAGUUUGUGCGUCCGGGCGUCUUUUGCGAGGACAUGUUCGACGUGUUCACGCGCCACGGGUGCUCGUGCCGUCCCGACCACACGUGGCUGAUCGUGGGCCCGCACCGGUCCGGCUCGACGUUCCACAAGGACCCCAACAACACCUCCGCGUGGAACACGGUGCUGGACGGCUCGAAGCUGUGGAUCAUGCUGCCGCCUGACGUUACUCCGCCGGGCGUGCACACGAACGAGGACGAGAGCGAGGUGACGUCUCCGCUGGGCCUUGCAGAAUGGGUGCUAUCUGGCUUUUUCAACGACACUCUCAAGGUGGCCAGGACAGAGCACCGGUGCGCAAUCGGCAUCACGUUUCCCGGCGAGUGUCUCCAUGUUCCUGCCGGCUGGUGGCACAUGGUGAUCAAUCUGGAAGACACGGUCGCGCUGACGGCGAAUUUCGUUCCCGAGUGCAAGCUGGAGGAGGUGGCACGGUUCUUCCGCAAGAAGCAGGACCAGAUCUCCGGCUUCCACCCGGCAACGGUGCUGGAGUUUGUGAACCGGUGUGUUGCGGCGGGCGAGAUGGACGCCGUGCUGCUUCAGAAAGUCGGCGAGGUCGAGUCGAACGACGAUAUCGGCGAGCUGGACGUGCAGCUGCCGAUCUACGAGAUUUUCGAGCGACUGUUGCAACUCAACGGAAAGCAGCUGAAACAGCACAAAAACGUAUGGAAGUCGCUCACGCAGCAGGGCUCCGGCUUCAAGUUCGCCAUGGACGUCGAAUAG